AUGUGGGGUCAUUGCCAUGUUAACUCCCAAACAUUAGCAAAAGCAGCAGCAACUCCGUUUAUGUGUGUUCAACACAUGACCUGGCGUCCGCAGACACACACACUUCAGCCAUCGUCGCUCCUCUCUGAGCCGAACUCACAGUUAUCAUCGCAGGAUGUGUCAUUCACACAACAAACUCGCGCGGCAUCACCGUCAGAGAUGCUUUCACAGGAAUCAUUAGGGUCUCAACCGCAACAGCAAGUGCAACAGCGGCGAAUGCAGGAACAGAAACAGGAAGAAGAACAAGAACGAAAGCAACAACUUAUUAUUCGACAGGAGGAUAUUCGUGAUGAGGAUUUUCAGCGACUAGAAAUAUUAGGUGAUGGUUCAUAUUCAGUUGUUGUGGCUGCACGUCAUUUACUUUCUCAACAAGUAGUAGCAUUGAAAGAACUCUCUCGUAGACGUCUUCGCGAUCUACACUUGGAGAAACAACUGGAAUGGGAGAUAAACGUUCAUCGUAGACUUCGACACCCAAAUGUCGUUCGUAUGCUCAGUUACUAUGUCACCCCGCAGAGUGUUGUGUUGGUGCUGGAGAUGUGCCCACGCGGAACGUUAUUGCAAAAACUAAAAGAAACGCCUGGUGGGUGUUUUGAUGAACGUCGGGCCUCACGAUAUUUGCGGCAAGUCGCCCGGGCACUGGUCUAUUUACAUCAACACGGUAUUGCCCACCGUGAUUUAAAGUUGGAGAAUGUUCUUCUCGAUGGACGCGGGGUGGCACGUCUGGGGGACUUUGGCUGGAGUAAAGCCGUUGUGGAUUCCACCCUGGCCGAUCCAAACAACAACAACAACAACAACAAACACACCCCAAACAAAUGUAGAAUUCAUCCAACUACUAAUACUACUACUACUACUGACACUCAGCCUUCAUCUGUGAAUCCCCCGAAUACACCACACCUCCACGGAUGCCCCACUUCCAAUUCCAAUUCCACUAGUAGUGUGAGUCCGCAAGCCGCGGGGCGUGGGCGACUGACGGUCUGCGGCACACUCGACUAUUUAUCGCCUGAGAUGCUCAGCGGCAGGCCGCACACAUUCAAAACAGAUGUCUGGUCACUCGGGGUAAUGCUGGUGGAAAUGCUCGCAGGCACUCCGCCCUUCUAUCGCGAAUCACAACGAGACACAAUAGACGCCAUCCGCGAGGCCGCACCGCAGUGGCACCGCGACGCCCAACUCACACCAGCGGCCCGCGAACUCAUUCUCGCAAUGCUCCGAAAGAACCCUGACGAGCGGCCGGAGAUGGCGGAGGUGUUGCAGCAUCCAUGGACUCAACAACGGCAUCUACAACAAGAACGUCGUAGAAGGCGGGAAUGGGAGUGA